AUGCCAUUCGCACAGCUUGUGCUCGGCAGCCCCGGCGCCGGCAAGAGCACGUACUGUGAUGGCAUGCAUCAGUUCAUGAGCGCGAUCGGGCGCGACUGCUCCGUCGUCAAUCUAGACCCCGCCAACGAUAGGACCAACUACCCGUGCGCCCUGGAUAUCCGGAAGCUUGUCACCCUGGAGGAGAUCAUGGCGGACGACUCCCUCGGCCCCAACGGAGGAGUGCUGUACGCCUUCGAGGAGCUGGAACACAACAUGGAAUGGCUGGAGGAUGGGUUAAAGGCGCUCGGCGAUUCAUAUGUGCUCUUCGACUGCCCCGGCCAGGUCGAGCUAUAUACACAUCAUAACUCGCUACGGAACAUAUUCUUCAAGCUCCAGAAGAUGGGCUUUAGGCUUGUCGUCGUCCACCUAUCCGACUCGUUCUGCCUGACUCAACCCUCCCUCUACGUCUCGAAUCUCCUGCUCACCCUCCGUGCCAUGCUGCAGAUGGACCUCCCGCAUAUCAACGUCCUCACCAAGAUCGACAAGGUCUCCGAGUACGACAAGCUUCCCUUCAAUCUAGACUUCUACACAGAGGUCCAGGAUCUGAACUAUUUGAUGCCGUACCUCGAAGAAGAGGCACCCGCGCUGAGGACCGAGAAAUUUGCCCGCUUGAACCAGGCUGUAGCAGAUCUCGUCGAGAACUUCUCGCUUGUGCGCUUCGAGGUCUUGGCGGUCGAAAACAAGAAGAGCAUGAUGCAUCUGUUGCGCGUCAUAGAUCGCGCCGGCGGUUAUGUAUUCGGGGGCGCUGAGGGUGCCAACGACACAGUGUGGCAGGUCGCCAUGCGUAACGAAUCGUCCAUGCUCGAGGUCCAGGACAUCCAGGAGCGUUGGGUCGACGCCAAAGAUGCGUACGACGAAGCCGAGAGGAAGGAGGAUGAUGAGCAGGCCGCGAGGUUGGGCCAGACAAGUACAGGUGCAACGACUCCCGAUCUGGUGACGGACGACGGCGAGGAUGAUGAGUUUGACGGACUGCCGCCGCCCCCUCCUGGCGGUAGUGGCGUGAAGAUAGUGCGAAGAAAUCGAUGA